AUGGAAAAUGAUAGUGGAGUUCAGGAAGUGAGUUCAAGUUUGACGAUGACUGGUAACAUUUUGGAGGAUGAAGUUGAGAAAAAUCAGAAAAUGAACCUGAGGAAUAGUUUGGAUAGGUUGACAAUUGAUACAUUAAAGGUAGUAUGUAGAGGGAAAGGUUUAUUUGAGAAAGGAAAUAAGAAGGAGUUAGUUGAGAGGUUGGUGGAUAGGGCUAAAGGUAAGGACAGAGUAGUAGAUAGUAUCAAAAAUAAGAAUGUAGAAGAAGAAAGAAUGGGUUUUGACAUAGAAGAGGGAGUACAUAAUAAUAUUGCUAGAAAUAGGUUUUUAAAUAAUGUUAAUGAGGAUGGUACAGGGUUUGAAGGUGUUAGGAGGGUUAUUUGGAUUUUGAUCAACAAUAGUGCCAUCUUGAGCAAUGAUUGGAAUAUAAUAUUAAAAGCAAGAGAGAUAGUAGCUACAAGAGCAUUUGUUUUAAGAAUAGUAAAUUAUGAAGAAUGGAAUAUUGCUACAAAAAUUGAAGAUAAAUUUUUAGAUGAUUUUAUAAAAGUUCUUUUUCAUAAUAAGUUAACAAAUGCAAAACAAUCUGUUAAGAAUAAACAACAGAGAGUAAAAAACAAAUCUGCAUCAUCAGGAUCAGCAUUCAAUAGUAUACCUAUAGGAGUGACAGUUUUUGCACCUAACUAG